CGGGCAUUGGUCCAUGUCACCAACGAUACUAGUGGAGGUCAUCAAUCCUUGUUGCACCCGCCCAGCUAAAAUAUUGAUUACUCCAUAAAACCGACGUGAACCGACGCGAAAAACAACGACAAAAAAAAAGAAAGAAAAAGAGGAAAAAAAAAGAGGACAAAAACAAAGAGAAGAUCCUCUACCAGACUACCACCUUCCGCGACACACACACGUACACACACACACACAAACACACAAGACGACGAAAAUGACGGUCCCAGGCCUUAACAAGAUCAUCAAUGGCCAUGCGCCCAUCGAGACGCCUCCACGAGCCCCAUCGCCCGUCCACAAGUUUGGCACUCUCGCCGUCCACGCAGGCUCGCCCCACGAUCCUGUUACGGGCGCAGUCAUCGAGUCCAUCUCCCUCAGCACCACCUACGCGCAAACCUCUGUCGGCAAACCCGUCGGCGAGCACGAAUACACGCGCUCCUCCAACCCCAACCGAUGGAACUUUGAGACUUCCAUUGCCGCCCUCGAACAGGCCAAAUACGCUCUCGCCUUUUCCUCUGGCUCCGCCACCACUGCUAUUAUCCUCCAGAGUCUCGCUGCAGGAAGCCAUGUCAUUUCCGUCUCCGACGUCUACGGCGGCACUCAUCGCUACUUCACCAAAGUCGCCUCUGCCCACGGCGUCCAAGUCACCUUUUCUCCCUCCAUCGAACUCGACGUCGCCAGCAUGAUCCAACCCGACCGGACCAAACUCAUCUGGAUCGAAUCCCCUUCCAACCCGACCCUCUCCCUCGUCGACAUCCGCGCCGUCGCCCACAUCGCCCACCAACACGGCAUCCUCGUCGUCGUCGACAACACUUUCAUGUCCCCAUAUAUCCAAAACCCCCUCUCCCACGGCGCCGACAUUGUCGUCCACUCCGUCACCAAAUACAUCAACGGCCACUCCGACGUCCUCAUGGGCGUCGCAGCCUACAAUUCCGACUCUCUCCACGACCGUCUCAAAUUCCUCCAAAACGCCAUCGGAGCCGUGCCUAGCCCCUUUGACUGCUGGCUCGCUCACCGCGGCCUCAAAACUCUCCAUUUGCGCGCCCGAGAAGCUACUCGCAAUGCCACCGCUGUCGCUUCCGCUCUCCACGCUUCCCCACACGUUCUCGCAGUCAACUAUCCCGGUCUCGAGAAUCAUCCGCAACGCGCGAUUGCACUCCGUCAACAUCGCGAUGGUAUGGGAGGGGGCAUGUUGUCGUUUCGGAUUCAAGGAGGAAAUUCUGCUGCAAAUCGCUUUUGUGAGGCGACGAGGAUCUUUACGUUGGCGGAGAGUUUGGGUGGUGUGGAGAGUUUGAUUGAGGUUCCUGCGAGUAUGACGCAUAUGGGAAUUCCUAAGGAGCAGAGAGAGGCUGCGGGGGUGUUUGAUGAUUUGGUGAGGAUUUCUUGUGGGGUUGAGGACUCUGAAGAUCUCGUCGCAGACAUUUUACAAGCUUUGGAAAAAGUCGUUUCUACUUCUUCUACGAAUGGAACUUCUUCUUCUACGACGACGACUUAGUACCUACUCACCAAGGGUAGAAAUUCGACACCUCCCAUCAACAUCAACAUCAACAUCACGACACCAGAACUUGAAAAAAAAAGCCAGUACAAAUUACAAUUGAGAUGAUGAUAAAAAAAAGUACUUAGAAGAGAGCUUGCUUUCUUUUUGAAAUGCUAUGGACUUGGGAGAGGAUGAUGAAGAAGAGAAGAAGAAGAAGAGGAGAAGAGCUCCAAUUCUACGGGCGGGCGGGCGGACUGAAAGAAAGAAUGAAUGGGGAAAGAAAAUCCCAGUGGGAGAUAUAUCCUACACACCUACCUA